CUCCACCCGUGUCACCCGCUGUCCAGUCCGAAAAGCACCCCGCGUUGAGUGGUGGUCGGGUCGGGUCUGGUCUGGGUGGGUGGUCGAAGGGGGGGGCGACGGGACCACCGCGUUAAGUGUCGUGAUGAAGUUCGGUGAACCCUUUUUUUCCCGGACGUGAACAUUGGCGAUCCAGGAGAACCGACGUCGAAAGAAUCUUGGUGUCAUACAUACCACAUAGAACCCAAAACCGACGAAAUAUCCAAAAAUCAGGGAUCAAAACGAGCCAUCUACCUCUCUGCGCAUGAGUAACCUCUUCCUGUCUGUCAUCAUGUGUAAACACGUUCUCAACGCUCAAGUCUCCAUCCGGUCACCAUGCUGCCGCAAAUGGUUCGACUGCCCCGAAUGCCACGCCGAGUCCGAGUCGCACCCCCUUAAGAAGACGCUCGAGAUGACGUUCGCCUGCAAAAAGUGCAAAAAGUGUUUCCGCAAGGAUGCGACCGAGUUCGAGGAUUCCGACGAAUACUGCCCGCACUGCGACAACCACUACAUCAUCGAGGCCGUGACGCCCAAGGCCGCCCUCCGGGUCGAGGGCGAGGAUGCGAGAAUGGAUGCGCGCAUGCUGAAGGACGAGAGAGUCAAGCAAACGAAGAAGACCAUGAACCAGAUCUCGAUAUUUGACCCGGAUGUGGACGCUGAUAAGCUUGGUUGAGUGGUUGGGCUGUUGGAGUUGGAGUACGGGAUUACAACGCAGCGAGGAAGGGAAAAAAGAGAUACCAUUUAGAGAAGCAUAUAAUCAAGAUGGGUGGCUUAUUGUCACUCGCAUCAUAUGGCACAUCGCA